UUCUUGAGUUUUCUUCUGCAAUUUUUCCACCCCUGCGUCAUCGCAUACUAUCGCUUUGUUUCUAUUUAUAUGUGAAUGGAAGAUUGAGAGGUAGGAUACGAAGAAAGAUAGAGGGUUGUGGCAUAGUAUUUGGCUGCUUUACUCAAGAUGACCAGAGACAAGCAGGAAUCAGUUAUGAGCCCAGAUACAGAGAAAACCCACAACUUGGAGGAGAAAUUAGCCGCAGCCGACGGCAUGAUCUCCAAAUGGGACACAAAAACAACAAACACGAUGCUCUUCCAGAGCAACCCACUAGAAGCCGGUCAGUACCUGACGGCGAUCCAGAAUCUCCAGCAACUGAUGGAAAAAUUGUCCGUCGUAGACAGCAGCUCUGCAAAGAUGAUCCGUGCGGAGCACCUGAUGCAGAUGUCGAUGGCGCGUCUCCGGAACGAGUUUCACAACAUUCUGUUAUCUAACAGCGACCCGAUCGACCGUUCGGGUCGGUUUUCUGUCCAUUCGAGCAUGGAGGGGAGCGUAAGCAGGUCGAGUUGCUUCUCGUCCGACGACGACGCCACAGACGAAGACGGCGGCGGCGGCACGCCGCUUUCCGCGCGUCCGUCAAUUGACAGAAUUUGCGACCUGGACACAAUUCCGUUGGGCGCCGUGGAGGACCUGAGGAACAUAGUGCAGAGCAUGGCGUCUGCAGGGUACGGGAGGGAGUGCGUUCGAGUCUUCGCGGUUGCCAGAAAAUCUGUGGUGGAAGAAAGUCUGUACAAUCUGGGCGUGGAGAAGGUGAGCUUGAACGAUGUUCAGAAAAUGGAGUGGGCGUCACUGGAGGACAAGAUCAGGAAGUGGAUAUCCGCCGCCAAAAUCAGCAUCCAACUUCUGUUUGCAAGAGAAAAGUGGCUGUGCGAUCAGGUGUUCGAGGGUUUUACACAGCUGAGGGAUUCCGGCUUCGCCGAUGUCGCCAAAGACCCAGCUGCCAGGCUUCUCAGCUUUGCCGAAGCCGUGGCGGCGAGCAGAAGAGCGCCGGAAACGAUGUUCAAGGUUUUAGACAUGUACGAGACAUUGACGGAGAUCAUCCCCGACAUUAAUGAAAUAUUUUGUGAAAACCCCUGUAAAGGGGUUCAGAAACAGGCCGCACAGUGCCUGGUCUUGCUUGGGGAGGCGGUGUGGGGGAUUUUGACCGAGUUUGAGAAUUCCCUCGAGAAGGAAAGUUCAAAAGCCGCCAUUCCAGGUGGAGCCGUUCAUCCUCUCACUAGAUACGUCGUCAAUUAUCUUGUUUACUUGUAUGAUUACAAGGAGACAUUUUUAACCCUAACGGCUGACAAGCCCAUGGAUCUGCCCAAGGGCCUGGCCGGGGGUUUUGCUCCUGGUCUCGACGAUGACGUGGACGUGACGGCUGCCCCGCUGUCGAUCCGACUUGGAUGGAUCGCCGUUCUCCUGCAGUGCAAAAUUGAUGCAAAAUCCAAGCUUUACAAAGAGCCGGCGCUGUCGUACCUGUUUCUGAUGAAUAAUCUGCACUACAUCGUGGAAAAAGUGAAGGGGUCGGAGCUUAAAUCUGUGCUGGGUGAUAAAUGGCUGUGGAAACAGUGCAAUACGGUGAGACAAUACGCGGUGUAUUACGAGCGAGCGGCGUGGAGUAAAGUGCUUUCGCUUCUGGCGGAGGAAGGGAUUUCGGGUGUUUCACAGCAGGCUUUGAAGGACAGAUUUAAGGCCAUCAAUGUGACGAUUGAAGGGGUGAUAAAGAGCCAUGAAGGAUGGGUCGUUCAUGACGUGCGGCUGCGAGAGGACCUCGGGAUUUCCAUAUCGCAGAGACUUAUGCCCGCUUACAGGUCGUUUUUGGGCAGAUUUGAGAGGCGGCUGGACAGCGGAAGGCACUCGCACUCGCACGUCAAAUAUACGGCGGAUGAAUUGGAGAAUUUAGUGCUGGAUCUGUUCAAAGGUGGCGCCGCCGUUAGCUCGAGAAGAAGCCAUCGAUAAGAAGCUUCGUAUUUCUGUGUGGGUUUUUUGGGGGAAGUGGUAGUCCUUGUAAUGCUUUUACUAAUGGAGAUCAAAUUGUAAGUUGCAGAUUCAUUCCUGGAGCUUGCAGUGUAUUCCAGAGAAUGUAGAAUGGAUGUAUACUGUCCUGUACAAUAGAUUUGACUGGAAAUUUGGGCGUGUUUAGGCAAUUAGUUUACGAUUCAUUCCUAAAAUGAAUCCUGUAAAUUCUAUUUGACUUUGGAACUUGGCUGGAAAUUUACUUGGCAUGUCGUACUCAACUUUAAUAAUCUAGCAUGUAGAUAUUUGUGAAA